AUGUAUAUUAUCAAUGUUCUUUUAUUUGUAGCGUUAUUUAUCGGUUCACUUUCCUUUCUAACAGGAGAACCUGGCAAGAUCACGUUGAAAAUCGGUUUCAUCACACCGUUUUUCCCAGGAUUAAACUUCCUUGGCAUUGAAAAAGACUCCGGUAUCUCACCAUCACAAUCUUGUCAGGAUAUUGCGGAGUCAUUUGUUAAGUCUGGUGUUGUGGCUGUUAUUGGCGCCUAUAGAUCCAUUUGCUCAAUGAAAGCUGCUGAUGUAUUAGGAGAAGACCAGAACAUGAUACCGCAGAUAUCAUACGCUUCAACAUCUAGCAAAUUAUCUGAAGUUUCGUCAGCGUACAAGUACUUUUUUCGUACCGCUCCGUCAAACGUAGCUCAAGCCAUAGCGAUAGUUGCGCUUAUAAAGCUUUACAAAUGGAAAAAGGUGUGUACUAUAGCAACUGACGACGUUUAUGGACGAAAUCUUACGGAACUUGUCCUUGCUGAACUUUCAAAGACCAACGUCUCUGUUACUGUCACCGAGACAUUUCAAGUCAGAGCUCAUGCUGGAAUCGUGAGGCCCAAAGUUGCAAAGUUAAAACGUGAUGGUUGCCAUGUUGGAUUGGUGUUUAUGGUUCGUAACGAUGCGGAAGUUGUAUUUCAACAAUUGAGGGAGUUAGAAAUGGUUGGUCGGGAUUGGGUUUGGAUUGGAUCGGAUAAGGCUACCACAUCGGUGUUUGAAGAUGCAGCUAAUCUCCAGGAUGCAAUGCAAGGCGUUAUUGGCGUCCAUCCGAGACACGGCGAAGGAAGAUUGUUUGAUCAAUUCAUGUUGGCUAUAGCGAGACGUGAAGCCUCUCGCUAUUCCGGAAGAAAAAUGUAA